GGCAAAAUGAAAAUGUUAUUUUAAGAGCAAGCAUGACUGAAGUUGAUGUAUUUAUUAGUAACUACACCCUAGUAGACCCAGAAAUUUUUCAGCUAUGGGUAGAAGGUCACACAGCAAGUGAAGCGGUAGCUAUAUUAAACGACAAAGGAUUAGGUAUUAAGACGGGAGCCUCUCUGGAGCUCAUCGCUAGUGAUGUGCUGGAUCAUUACCGUACCUAUGCUCUGCUCGAAAAACUUCUGAGCAGCCCGAACAAGCUACAGGAACAACUAGCAUUUCAAAUCGAUCCUCAAACACGACUAUUGCUCAUUGAGAAGUAUUACGAAUUCGAUGAUGAAGUUAUUAGGGAAUUAUUAGGUAAGAAACUGUCAUCGAAGAACAGAAAAGACUUGGACGAGGUAGCUGAGAAGACUGGAAAAUCGCUUAAAUCAUGCAGACGACAAUUUGACAACGUUAAGAGAAUAUUUAAAACCGUGGAAGAAAUGCCGGGUUCGAUAAUAGAAAAUAUAAAGAAUUUGUUUUACUUACCCGACAAACUUGCCAAAAAGUAUGCCUGUAUAGUAUUCAUAGCCUGUAUAAGAUUCGAAACGUCGAAGAAAAAGCUGCAACACUUAUCGUUCAACAGCUGGAAGAAAUGUUGCGAAACGAUAAUGGAACACUGGACUUAUAAAAUUACCGGUAAUUACGAUUGCGUCUUUAAAUCGCAGAACACUACAGACGUUCUUGUAGGUCCAGAGUAUUAUGACACGGAAAUGGACAAGGAAUUUUUACUAGAAUUAAGGGAACUAAAAGUAUUAUUAGACAGAGAAAAGGACCACAAACAUUUGGUGUGUCUGUAUUUGAAACCGAAACUCUUGCAAAAGAACUUUAUCGACUUGGACACAAACUUUCGGUUGUAUACGAGGACGAUCUUGACCCUCGCCACUGCCCUCCACAGGGCGAGGGACAUGAAGAACUUGUUCACAGAUUUGGCUCAAAUUUUAGAUUAUUUCAAGCAAAGUAAUUGGUCCAUCCACGAUUUCGAGCUCUUUCUCAACGCCUACGCUCAAUGCGCUCUUGAAAUUGAUAUUAUCCGGACCGACGCAACUUUAAAGUCGAGCUGGGAGAAAUUUAUGAGAGUUAUCAGUAAAUGUUUGCUGGUCAUGUACGUUUGAUCGUUGUGUACCUUUACGUAAUUUAUUCUAAUUGUUAAUAAAUUAUUUUCUGGUGUUUUGAA